AUGCCGACAACUUUCUUCAGGCUUGAGGCCCAUGUCAAGGACCCCAUGAUGGCCCUAGAGCUGAAGUUGAUCUCCAUGAACAGCCGUGGUGGCCAAGGCUUCACAGCUUUGAGCACCUUCGCCAACUUCCAAGACACAGUGUCAAUUUCAGUCUUCAACGCCAUCUUGACGGUCCACGAGGAGAUCAUCACCAGUGUCAGUGACAAUAUCGAUGAUUGCCCAUGGAAGUUCUACACCUUCGAUUCCACCAACCACCGCAAGGUGGAAAGCAUGUUGCAGAAGAACUCCUUGAAGCCUCUCAGCCUUCCAGUUUGGUUCAGGGCAUGUGAGCCUGCGGUGCUGCUCGCUUUCUGGGCCCGGGGGGGCUGCUGCAGCAGCUUCGCUCUCCAGCGUCAGUGUUUCAAGGAGAAGCCCCCAGCGUCAUGGCCAGUUGACCUACGGGAGAGCAUCACCCCGGAUCGCAUCGUCAGUGUCAAAGCCACUGUCGUUUUGACAGAGAGCCACAAGACCCCACAGAUUGAGAUGACGAAGCAAUUCCAAAAGUGUGAGAUCCAGAAGAGCUUGUGGGUGGUAGAGUCGAAGCUGGAGAUGAUUCAGAUCGACCAGGAGCACAAAGCGAAGAAGCUUAAGAAGACCAUGGUUGCAGAGGAGUCAGAGACGUGUCUUGAUUCAUUGAUGGCGGCAGAGGGUGCACAGGUCUGCUUUGCCGAGCAAGAGGAUGCUCUGGAGCUGUUCGGUGGAUUUGGGAGUUUCCCGGACGUCGGCUCUCGCUCAAACCCUGGCUUUCUGCAAAUCUCAGAGUCAGAGACAGCAAGUGUGCCGGCAGCAAAUGAUGACCUUGCAGACUUCGUAGCUGCGCCGCAAGCUGGCCAGCACUGGAAUCCCGGAAAGGAUGUGGGCCGCCACAUACAGCGCGGCUUCAACGAGCAGGCUCAGAUCUUGGUUGUCAACUUGAUGCUGAAUUUGGCGAAGCUCUCCCCCCAGGUUCUCAAGAGCAUCAAUGAAAGCUUGCCCCCAGUGUCACCUGUUCGGCCGCUAAGCGCAAGGGUUGCUGGGCAGCUGCUGGGCGUGUCAGGUAACAGCUUGAAGGGAGUUCUGCACAGAGUCAAGAACAAUGGCUGGGUUCCACACAAGCCCUCAGUGGAUGGGAGUUCAGCUGGUGCAGUUGUGGGCGACUGCAGAGUCAAUGGCGACGGCAGAGUCAAUGGCGACCGCAGAGUCAAUGCUCCUGCAGCGGAAACAGCCAAGACCCAGCGCGAUGCACGGAGCUCAUUGACAUCGCUUGUGCGAGAGGCUGUUAGUACUGUCGGCAAUGCCCGUCCCGAUGGCGACUUCCUGGAAGCCAUCACACGAUUGCAAAAACAUGGUGUGGAUGUGGGCGAUAAAUACUGCAGUCAGAAGUUCCUUCAGAUGCACGACGGCAAUGGCAAGUGUUGA